ACCGAAUCAACAAAACCCCAGCAUCUGAUUGAUAAUUCACCUGCCACCUCCAGUAUACUUCUACAUACAUCAAGUAACGUUUCUUUAUUAGUCAUUUUCCUUGUUGUCGCCCCACCCCCUCAGCGUAACCCCCCCUCAACAGAGAUCCACCUGAUCAUAUCAAAGGCUUCAGGGCUCGGCAUGCACCUGUGAGUAUAUAAGAGACCAGAGCUCAUUCAGAAAAACACAGCAAGAGAGUGAUUCAUUCACAGACCCAUGAAAAAAACUGUAUAGAGAUAACAGAGGAGGAGCGGAGCCGAGAUUUACACAGAUAAGGGCUGGAGACCAAAACAAGAUUUAAGACGAGAGAGACUUCACAGAACUUACACCGCAAAUUAAGAAAGUAAACAUGCACAGUCGCUCCUGGCUUUUGGCUGCGGCGGUUCUGUGUUUUCAUGGCCCGUAUGUAGAUGGGAACUGCUUAGAUGUGGCAGACUGCAUGGUCCUUGAAUCAAAUGAGCAAAGAUUGUGUAUUCAGGAAUGCACAGAUUUCCAAGACUUCACUCAUGGAAGUCUGUCGUCACCUGAUGAGGAAGAGGUUGAGGAAGAGAGCCUCAGUUUGGGCCUGCUCUUAUCCGCCCUGUCUCCCGUUUCAACCAAGACCAAAGGCUCAUCUGAAGAACCUCUCCGUGGUGACGAGAGGAGGUCUUACUCCAUGGAGCACUUCCGAUGGGGAAAACCCAUAGGCCGGAAACGUCGACCGGUAAAGGUGUUCGCCAACGGUGCCCUGGAAGCGGAACCAGAGGAGUCCACGGAAACGGUCCGUGUCGAUCGAAGGCAGGACGAGACCGUGGGCGUUCGACAAAGUAACAACGCGAAGACCAACAACGGGAAGUACCGCAUGAGCCAUUUCAGGUGGAACGCUCCACCCGACAAACGCUACGGAGGGUUCAUGAGGUCAUCGUCAGAGCAAUCCCACAAGCCCCUGCUCACGCUGAUACGCAAUGCUAUGGUUAGAGACGGACAGCAGUUCAAAAAUUAAAAGAGGAGGGAGAAUGGACAGAAGUCGUUACGCUUCAUUCAUCUUCAUUUUAAAAGCUUCCAUAGAAACAGAAAAAUAAGAUUUCAACUCAGCACGAGUCAAAUCAUGUGUUUAUCAAACGUCAGGGUUAUUUAUGCAUUAUUUACCUGCACUGUACUUGAAUAUAUCUCUGGGAUUUAAAAGGGAAGAGGAUCAGAUAUGCUGGGUAUUUAUCUAGUUUAGUGAAUUCUA